AUGCGCACGAAAUUAUCGUUUACUACGACCCUGGCGGCUCUGGCCAUCCUAGGAGACGCGCACGGAGACCAUGCUAAUGACAGCAGGCAGUACGCUCUAACAAACGAUCUUAGCUACAAGAACUUCUUCUCCGCCUUUGACUUCUUCAACGAAACCGACCCAACGAAAGGCUUUGUCAAUUAUCAGAAUCAGGAAGAUGCGACCAAGCAGGGCCUAAUAGGCUACCUUGAGGACACAAAGUCCGUGUUCAUGGGUGUAGACUAUACGACCAAGGACCCCACUGGCCGCGCUUCUGUUCGCCUUGAGAGCAAAAAGAGCUGGAAUCAUGGACUACUAAUUGCAGAUAUUCGUCAUAUGCCUUCGUCGGAAUGCGGCACUUGGCCAGCCUUUUGGCUUCUAUCAUCUUCAGUGCAAUGGCCGAACGGCGGGGAGGUCGAUAUCCUCGAGGGUGUUAACGACUACGAAAGCAACUCUGUGACUUUACACACAACCAAAGGCUGUGUUGUUGAUAACUCGACUGCGACUGGAGGAGGAUUUGGUGCUGUGGGUGGUGAUAGCAAUGCGCCAUUUACUGGCCUUAUGAGUACCGACGACUGCGACGUCGCCGCACCUGGCCAAGAGAAGAACGUCGGAUGCUCUAUCCACGCUCCUGACACCAUACCUGGGAUCCAAAGUGGCGGCGGUAGCGGUAGUUCCGACAAUACUGGUGCCGCGCCUCUCCCAUCUUAUGGUACCGAAUUCAACAAAGCGCAGGGUGGUGUCUAUGCCAUUGAAUGGGCCGCCACCAGCAUCUCAGUUUGGUUCUUCCCCCGCGACUCCCCGGGCUUCACGGAUAAUUUCUCUUCGAACACCACGACACCCGACCCAUCAACCUGGGGCACACCUAUAGCGCACUUCGGCGGUGCUGGCUGCGACUUUUCUGAGCGCUUCAAAGAUCUUCAGAUCAUCUUUAACACUGCCUUCUGCGGCGAAUGGGCAGGCGCCGAGUGGGAUAAGUCUUGUGCCAAAAAGACCGAUGUUGCUACUUGCAAUGAGUAUGUACGCGAUAAUCCCGAGGCCUUCGUGGAGGCGUAUUGGGAAGUGGCGGGAUUGAAAUGGUUUCAGAAGGGUGCUGCGUAG